CGGCGACCGUGGUAUUGCAGCUGCUUAGGGGCAGGGCUGGCCCCAGCGCCCAGUAGUGGCGGCCGCGGCGUGGUUGCGUCUGGGGUGCCUGGGAGCCGAAGCCCCGGGGGCCUGAACUCGGCAGCUCCCUGAGCAGCCGCACAACCUCUCGGGAAGAGGUGCUACCCAAUCGGCGCGGGGCAGCGCGAGCGCCCCGAGGGGCUUCCGCAGUUGGGGAGAGGAGGGGGUGACAGGGCACAGGUGACAGGGCCGGAGAAAGAUGGAGCAGCCCGGGGCGUCGGCGUCGGGAGCGGUAGGCGGCAGCGAGGAAGCCGGCGGGGCCCGGAGCAACAAGCGGAGCACGGGCAACCGGGCCGCCAACGAAGAGGAAACGAAAAACAAACCCAAAUUGAACAUUCAAAUAAAAACUUUGGCAGAUGAUGUGCGUGACCGAAUUACAAGUUUUAGAAAAUCUACUGUCAAAAAAGAAAAACCUCUUAUUCAACAUCCUAUUGAUUCUCAAGUUGCGAUGAGUGAAUUUCCAGCAGCUCAGCCAUUGUAUGAUGAAAGAUCUUUAAAUUUGUCAGAAAAGGAAGUACUGGAUCUCUUUGAAAAAAUGAUGGAGGACAUGAACCUUAAUGAAGAAAAAAAGGCCCCUUUAAGAAACAAGGAUUUUACCACCAAGCGUGAGAUGGUUGUCCAGUAUAUUUCUGCUACUGCUAAAUCUAUAGUUGGAAGUAAAGUUACGGGCGGUCUGAAAAACAGCAAACACGAAUGCACCCUGUCUUCACAAGAGUAUGUUCAUGAAUUACGAUCUGGUAUAUCAGAUGAGAAACUUCUUAACUGCCUAGAGUCCCUGAGAGUUUCUUUAACCAGCAAUCCUGUCAGCUGGGUUAACAACUUUGGCCAUGAAGGUCUUGGACUCUUAUUGGAUGUACUGGAGAAGCUUCUGGACAAAAAACAACAAGAAAACAUUGACAAGAAGAAUCAGUAUAAACUUAUUCAAUGUCUCAAAGCAUUUAUGAAUAAUAAGUUUGGUUUGCAAAGGAUUCUAGGAGAUGAAAGAAGUCUUUUACUAUUGGCACGAGCAAUUGACCCCAAACAACCUAACAUGAUGACUGAAAUAGUAAAAAUACUUUCUGCUAUUUGCAUUGUUGGAGAAGAGAACAUUUUAGAUAAACUUUUAGGGGCUAUAACUACAGCAGCAGAAAGAAAUAACAGGGAACGAUUUUCACCAAUUGUUGAAGGAUUAGAAAAUCAUGAAGCCUUGCAAUUACAGGUGGCCUGCAUGCAAUUUAUAAAUGCCCUUGUGACUUCUCCUUAUGAACUUGAUUUUCGAAUACAUUUAAGGAAUGAAUUCCUACGUUCAGGACUAAAAACAAUAUUACCAGAUUUAAAAGAAAAAGAGAAUGAAGAACUCGACAUUCAGUUGAAAGUAUUUGACGAGAACAAAGAGGAUGACUUAACUGAAUUAUCACACCGUCUCAAUGACAUUCGAGCUGAAAUGGAUGAUAUGAAUGAAGUAUACCAUCUUCUUUAUAACAUGUUGAAGGACACUGCUGCUGAAAAUUAUUUAUUAUCCAUUCUACAACAUUUUUUGCUCAUCAGAAAUGAUUAUUAUAUAAGGCCACAAUAUUAUAAAAUAAUUGAGGAAUGUGUUUCACAGAUAGUGCUGCAUUGCAGUGGUAUGGACCCAGACUUCAAAUAUAGGCAAAGAUUAGACAUUGAUUUCACUCAUCUCAUAGAUUCUUGUGUGAACAAAGCAAAAGUUGAAGAAAGUGAACAAAAAGCCGUGGAGUUUUCCAAGAAGUUUGAUGAAGAAUUCACAGCUCGACAGGAGGCUCAAGCUGAGCUUCAAAAAAGAGAAGAAAAAAUCAAAGAACUUGAAACAGAAAUCCAGCAACUUCGAAACCAGGGACAUGGACUUUCAAGUUCAUCAGGAAUUCCAGGCCCUCCUCCACCACCUCCAUUGCCAGGUGUUGCACCACCUCCUCCGCCACCACCACCUCUACCUGGAGCAAUUCCUCCUCCACCACCUCCUCCUUUACCUAAUAUUCCACCACCGCCACCUUUGAUUGGGAUACCUCCUCCACCACCACCCUUUGGAGUAGUUCCUCUUCCACCAGGAGCACCCCUUGAUCUACCUUAUGGAAUGAAACAGAAAAAAAUAUACAAACCUGAAGUGUCCAUGAAGAGAAUCAACUGGUCAAAGAUUGAGCCCAAAGAAUUAUCUGAGAAUUGUUUCUGGUUGAAAGUUAAAGAAGACAAGUUUGAGAAUCCAGAUCUCUUUGCAAAAUUGGCACUGAAUUUUGCUACCCAAAUGAAAGUUCAAAAAAAUGUUGAAGCUUCAGAAGAAAAGAAGUCUAUGCCUGCAAAGAAGAAAGUGAAAGAAUUGAGAGUUUUGGAUGCCAAAACAGCUCAGAAUCUGUCUAUCUUCCUGGGAUCAUAUCGCAUGCCAUAUGAAGACAUAAAAAACAUUAUCCUGGAGGUUAAUGAGGACAUGCUGAGUGAGGCCUUAAUUCAGAAUCUGAUAAAACACCUUCCUGAACAGAAGGUACUCAGUGAAUUAGCACAGCUGAAGAAUGAAUAUGAUGACCUCUGUGAGCCUGAACAAUUUGGAGUUGUGAUGAGCUCAGUGAAAAUGUUGCAGCCUCGGCUCAAUAGCAUUCUUUUCAAGCUCAUGUUUGAAGAACAAGUAAACAACAUCAAACCAAGCAUCAUAGCAGUAACUCUUGCCUGUGAAGAACUGAAGAAAAGUGAAAGCUUUAACAGGCUUUUAGAGUUAGUUCUUUUGGUUGGAAACUACAUGAACUCAGGCUCAAGAAAUGCCCAGUCAUUGGGUUUUAAAAUAAACUUCCUUUGUAAGAUCAGAGACACUAAGUCAGCAGAUCAAAAAACAACUCUUUUACAUUUUAUUGCUGAAAUAUGUGAAGAAAAAUACCGGGAUAUCCUGAAAUUUCCAGAAGAACUGGAACAUGUGGAAAGUGCAAGCAAAGUUUCAGCACAAAUUCUCAAGAGCAACCUUGCAGCAAUGGAAAAACAAAUUGUUCAUCUGGAACGUGACAUCAAGAAAUUUCCCCAAGCAGAAAACCCACAUGAUAAGUUUGUGGAAAAAAUGACAAGUUUUACAAAGAGUGCCAGAGACCAGUAUGAAAAGCUGUUCACCAUGCACAACAACAUGGUAAAGCUCUAUGAGAAUCUUGGAGAAUACUUCAUUUUUGACUCUAAGACAGUGAGCAUAGAAGAAUUUUUUGGCGAUCUCAGCAACUUCCGAACUUUGUUUCUGGAGGCAGUGAAAGAAAACAAUAAGAGAAGAGAAAUGGAAGAGAAAACUAGGAGGGCAAAGCUUGCAAAAGAGAAAGCUGAACAAGAGAAAUUAGAACGCCAGAAGAAAAAGAAGCAACUCAUUGAUAUAAACAAAGAGGGUGAUGAGACUGGCGUGAUGGAUAAUCUUCUAGAAGCUCUACAAUCAGGUGCAGCAUUCCGAGACCGGAGAAAGCGGAUUCCAAGAAAUCCAGAUACCAGACGAGUACCUUUGGAAAGGUCACGCUCUCGCCACAACGGAGCUAUCUCAUCUAAGUGAUUCCUGAUGCCAAAGAAUGUGAAAAUGUUUAAGAACACAAAGUCCUAUGAUUUGAAAACAACAAAACAUGCACUCGAGGGAUGGAGAAGAAAUAAGUGCAUUUCUGCAAAGAUGGAGCUAAGCUGGAUGAAGGAGUGUCCAUUUAUAAAAUUCUCAUAAGACUCCUCCCACAACUGUACUACUCUGAACACAGUGGCCAGGAUUAUAAAAUGUGUAUUCCAUUUUAGUGUAAAGAUGUGUAUUAUUUGACAUUAUGUGCGAUCUGACUGUGAUGAUGAAAUUGUAAGAAACUGAAGAGUUCUAAGGCUCUUGAAAACAUUCAGUCUAUCAACAAUUUACAAUUUGUUAGUUACUUCAACCUAAAAAAAAAAAAAGAGAAGAAAUGGGAAGGAAUUAUUCAAUGUCUGUUUCCAGCCUAUAAUGUAUAAAAGGGAAAAGCAAAGGAAAAUAUGAUGCAUAUUAAUGAUUUGAAGAGGUGCUAAUGUUGCACACACUGUAAGAGAAGCCAUUUUGAAAAUUUCAAAAGGAAGUGCUCCACCCCAGAUGAGUUAUCUAUGAUCUUAUCUCCAGUGAAAGCUGAUAGAUUCAUCUGCUUUGGCUGAAAUUAAAGUUAUCAUUAGUCUACAGUUUCAGCAUGAUAUUAUAGGCACUUACCAUCAAAAACUACACCAAAGUUUUAUGGAAUCAGUUGAGGAAAAUGUUUUAAACUUUAUUGAAAGAAAAAAUUUUCUAAUUAUUCUCAGAUACCUACUUUAUACAAAUAGUUUGUAUGACUAUUUUUGAGGGAGGAAAAAACCCCUCUUAUUUUAAUGUUUAUGCUAGGGACGAAUCUGAAAAUUCUGUUACCUUCAUUUAGAUUUUAAAGACAAAUAUUGAUUCCUAUUCUUUGUUGUUUAUUUCUUCCUUCCAUUGCUUCUUUCUCCCCUGACCCCCUUGAAGGCAGGGAAUAGAGUUCUAGAAGACCUGAGAAGAAAGAGAUUUCUUUCUGCAGGAGGCAGCAGAAAACUGUCUGAAAGGUCAAUUGUUUUAUCCCUUUUCCACUCCCCUUUCCAAUUCCGCUUUGGUGGUCUGAAGAAGAAAAAGAAAUUCUAUGUAUCUAUGUGUAUAUAUUUGUAUAUUUAUAUCUUCUACUACAAUAAUUCAACAUCCUAGUAACUAAGUAAACUCUUCAAUCAUCAUCAUACUUACCUACCUUAUAUCAACAAAUUAAGAUGAUGCUGCCAAAACAACUAUAGGAGGAAAAACAUACUCUACAUUUCUCUUAAAUAGAUGAGAGAGUAAAUGCUACACUUGACUUGUCUAUUAUUUUAAAAUAUGCAUUGGAAUAAUGUGGUAUAACUUCUCUAGAGUGCAAUUUUAAGACUAAUUCAUGCAGAUGAUUGUGGUUAUUGUAAAAGGUUUAUUAUAUAUGUCUUUCUUCUAUAGAAAAUCCUAUUUCUCCUCCCCCAAAGCACAUUAUACACAUUCAAAGAGAAGAACAAAUGAUUGGUUUGGCAAGUCACCAUUGAAGAGAAUGUAAACAAGUGGACAAUAGCUCACAUCUUCCUUUAGAGAUAUGUAUAAUGACUCAAACUACUGCCUUUUUCUCCACUACACUGUUACUUGGGUAGUAUUCUUCAAAAAGCUCUGAAGCUGCUACAAUACAGAAAUCAUAAAGAAUAACAGUAUCUGAGAUUUUACAAUUUUAUCUUUUCUAUAAACACAUACACAUAUUUAAGAGACACAUCAACUUCACACUGUUUUUUAACAACAACAAAAGUUUAGGUUCCACUAAUUUAUGUAAAUACUUAAUGUGUGUAUUUUUGACUUCCCAAGUCUUUUCUGAAACCUUCAUGGUAUGGCUUCUUUGAAUCUUUUGAUAGUUUUUUAGGCUGUAGCAAAAUGAUUUAGAAAUGGUAACCCUGACUAAAACUGGGAGGCAUUUGCCAUGCCAUAUUAGCAAGCUGGACAAGGUAGAAAUACUGAUAUAUCACCUUUUCCAGAUUGUGAACUUGCCUUAUUUUCCAGUUUGUGAACAAGAACGAAUGAAGUGCUAUUACUCAUAAACAUAAAUUAUAUAUUUGUAUUUAGAGCAUUCUCACAUGCUUUUCACAAACAUUAAAAAAAAAAAACCAACCACACUUUCAGGGAAGUUCCAACAAUUAGGUUAAAGGGUUUGCUUCCCAGAUUUGCAAUGAUCCUGCUCCAGACAUUUGCAUUUGUUUUAGAUUGAAAAGUAUCACCCCCAAAAAGUCCAUUUUUAGUAUUGAAACAAAUUAUACUAAAGUCCUUUGAGUUUCUUACUGCCACACUUCAGAUAUGCAUUUAUACAGAUUUUCUUCAGAAUGUUAAAAAAUGUGCAAUACCUUUAAAAUGUUAACUAGUUGUAUUUGUUUCCUUUGACUGCUUUAACAAAUUAUCGCAGAUUUGGUGGGUUAACACAACAGAAAUUUACUCACUCACAGUUUUGGAGGUAAGAAGUUCAAACUCAAGCUGUUGGCAGGGUCAUGCUCCCUCCAGAAGCUCUUGAGGAGAAUCCUUCCUGGCCUCUUCUAGUUUCUGGUGGUUUCUAGUUUCUCUCUAAUCUGUCUUUACAUCACCUUCUCCUCUGUGAACCUAAUCUCCCUCUACACCUCUUUUAAGUGGAUGCUUAUGAUAACAUUUGGGAACCACCCAAAUUAGUCCAGGAUGAUCUUCUAUUCUCAAGAUCCUUAACUCAAUUGCAUCUUCAAGACCCUUUUUCCAAAUGAGGUAAUAUGCACAGGUUAUGGGAAUUAGGUUGCGGACAUACCUUUUUGGAAGCAACCUUCAGCCCACUGCUGUCUGCUCUCUGGCCCUCCAGAAUUUGUGUGUCCCAUGUGUAAAAUACAUUUGUACUAUCUCAGCAUUUCCAAGUCUCAACCCAUCACAGUACCAACCGUAAAUCCAAAAUCUCAUCUAAAUAUCAUUAGUUCAAAAGCCCAAAUUUCAUACAAAUAUCAUCAGUUCUGAAGUCCCAAAUCCUGUCACCUAGAUCAUCUAAAUUAGGUGUGAGUGAAACUCUGGGUAGGAUGCAUCCUGGGGCAAAAUUCCUCUCCUCUUGUGAACCAGUCAAAUAGCAAAGAAGUUAUCUGCGUUGAAACUACAAUGGUGGGACAACAUAAGGUAACAAUUACAGAUAUUCCUAAUCCAGUUGGCAGGGAACAGAAAGUAGAAAGGAGUUAUCUGUCCCAAUCAUUUUUGAAAUGUUGCCAGACAAAUUCCCCUUAGAUUUCAAGGCCUGGCAAUAACCUCUUUGACUCAGGGCUGCAUCCUUUGGGGCUGCACCUCUUCCCUUCUGGUCUAUGGAUUAGAUCUCUGCCUCUGUGCCCAUGGUUUGCACUUGUGCCUUGUUCCAAUGCUUGGCCCUUUGCCUCUGUACUCACAGCUCUGCUCUUUAUAUCUUGAAGAGUAGCAUAUGUUUGCAAGCUGGGUAGUUUUAUUAGCCUGUUUCUUCCCUGUAGAAUUCUGGUAGUCUGACAAUGUUCUCUCCUUUUGUCCUGUCCUGUCUCUGUCUCUUUCAGGUCAAGCAUUCUUGAAAACCAUGUGGUUCUCUUGUGUAUGUCACUAGGUUCACACCAUUAGAAAAGAGGGUCCUCACAAAUAUUUCCUGGAUAACCCCAUCUCUAUUCCAGGAUUCUGCUUAGAUACUCGACUGAACCCAUGGGCCAGUGUCUAAUCUCUUAAGCACUUGCCAAAGGUCCAGCCAAUACCCUUGGCCUUAUCUUCAGAGCACACUUCACUAUUAGUGAAAGCUCCCAAUUUUUGCAUCUUUUAUAAUCUGAAUAGGUGCCAAAUUUCCCAACUCAUCAAGGUGUGGUUUCUUUGUCACUUACCAGCUCUUUUCAGUUCAAUCUCUUUCCUCUGUUAGUUUACUGUAAGUAUCAGGAGGAAACUAGGCCAUACCUGUAAAGUUUUGGGUGGCAGUCUCCUUAGCUAAAUAGCUAAGGUCAUCACUUGCAAGUUCUGCCUUCCACACUAUAGGAUACAAUUCAGGUAAGCUUUUUGCCAUUAUAUACAACAAAGAUGGCCUUUCUUCCCUCUUCCAAGAAAAUGUUCCUCAUGUCCUGAGCUUUCACCAGAAAAUCUUUUAACAUUCAUAUUCGGACUUCCAGUCUGGCUAUGUUUUCCUAUCACAUGAAUCAAAAUUUUUCCAGGCUGUAGCCAUUAUCCAAUUCCAGAGCCACAUUCACUUUGUUAGGUCUUUCUUACAAUAGUAUUCCCAUUUCCCAGUACUAAAAUCUGCAUUGGAUUCCUGUGGCUGUUGUAAUAAAUUACCUCAAAGAUGGUAGCUAAAAACAAUAGAAAUGUAUUCUCUUACUGUUUUGGAGGCCAGAUGUCCAAAAUCAAGGUGCUGGCAGGACUACAGGGGGAACAUCUAUCUCUGUGUCUCCCAGAUUCUUGUGACUCUCAUUGUUACUUGGCAUCUUUCUCUGCUGUCUUCAUAUCACCUUCUCCUCUGAGUAUCUAAUCUACCUCUGCCUCUGUCUUAUAAGGACGCUUGUGGUGACAUUUAGGACUCACCCAGAUUAUCCAUGAUAAAUUCAUCAUCUCAAGAUCCUAACUUAAGGACAUCUACAAAGACUCUGCAGGUUCCACAGGUUCCAAGGAUUAGGACAUGGACAUAUCUUUGUGGAGGGAGAGGGCAUCAUUCAGCCCACUACACUAGUUAUUGCACAUAUAUAUUUUUUUCACCUUUCAAAAUACAUCCUUGGUGCUCAAGCCAAAUUGAAAGUUGUCUCUAAAAGCUAUUGGCUACACAGACUACUGCAUGCUUUGUUGUUAAGUGGAUGAACCAGCUAUUCUAAAUUUUAGUUGAUACUUUUGCUUCUAUAGCCAAUUAGCUUGAAGAAAUAAUUGAUCCCACCUUUGUGCUCUGGUGUAUCGCUUCUGCAUCUUGAUGGAGUCUUUGACCGAAUGUCUUCUGUGAUAUUCAUCAUGCAGGCACAAAACUACCUCUGAUACAGAAGGAUUCUUUACAAGCUUAUUUUAGACAUUGUGAAUCCCUCAACGGAAGGGAGAGAUGAAAGCAAAGACUUUGAAUGGGUAUUGAGGGAGAUUGUGUCCAUUCCAAGCCAUCCUAAAGAAGUAUAUUAAGUAGUAGUAGAAUUGUGGAUUUGUGCUCUCAUUUUGCCUUGAAAUAAAUCCUGUCUCUUAGCAGGACCAAGAAUGACUUGCAAUCUAUAUGUAAUGCCUACUUACUUAUUCAAUAAAGGUAUACAUUAAA